CAGUUAACGACUGCACGACCAGUUCAGACUUCCUAUCACGUGGUGCAGUAGCUUCCUUUCUUCUCAGAACCAAGGAAAGAGAAUACUUCGCAAAAUGGAGGGUCAUGAACAUAGGGAGCCUGAACAGCUCAGGAAGCUGUUCAUUGGGGGCCUAAGUUUUGAAACCACUGAGGAAAGUUUAAGGAUCCAUUUUGAACAAUGGGGAAACCUCACAGACAGUGUGGUAAUGCGGGACCCAAACAACAAGCGCUCGAGAGGGUUUGGCUUUGUAACAUACUCCUGUGUGGAGGAGGUGGAUGCCUGCAUGGCAGCUCGCCCUCAUAAGGUGGACGGACGUGUUGUUGAACCUAAAAGGGCUGUAUCGAGAGAGGACUCUAACAGACCGGGUGCCCACCUGACGGUGAAGAAGAUAUUUGUUGGGGGGAUCAAGGAGGACACACGGGAGGACCAUAUCAGGGAGUACUUUGAGACCUACGGGAGGAUCGAGACCAUUGACAUUAUGGAGGAACGCGCAACUGGGAAAAAGAGGGGAUUCUGCUUUGUCUCAUUUGAUGACAAUGACACUGUGGAUAAAAUUGUUGCUCAGAAAUACCACACAAUAAACAGCCACAACUGCGAAGUCAGAAAAGCACUCCCAAAACAGGAAAUGGAGGCGUCCACUCAGAGGAAUAGGGGUGGUGGCUCUGGAAACUUCAUGGGCAGAGGUGGUAACUCUGGUGGUGGCAACUUUGGGCAAGGAGGCUACGGUGGUGGAAGAGGAGGGGAUGGAUACAAUGGAUACGGUGGAGAGGGUGGAAACUACAGUGGGGGACCUGGCUACAGAGGUGGACGUGGUAGCGGGUAUGGGGGAGGAAGUCCUGGCUAUGGUAACCAGGGAGGAGGCUUUGGAGGAGGAUAUGAUAACUACAAUGACAGAGGCAACUUUAGAGGGAACUUUGGUGGUGGAAGGGGUGGAAAUUACAAUGACUUUGGCAACUACGGAGGACCGCAAUCUAGCUAUGGUCCCAUGAAGGGGAACAACUUUGGUGGCAGAAACUCUGGUGGUGGCCCCUAUGGAGGUGGCUACGGCUCAGGCGGUGGAAGUGGGCAUGGCUACGGCUCACAGCGAUAUUGAUACUAUGACGCUCGGGCUUCAGUUCUUAGCAGGAGAGGAGAUGAGCAAGGAUUUGUCAGGAAAGCUGCAGGUUACUGUACUUUUAGGCAGUCGUCUGAAAGCAUGUAGAGGAACAGAAGUCAGAAAGUUAUUGCAGCUUUAAUGGGAAACUAAUCCUAAGAAAGACUGUACACACAAACUAUAAAGUGCAAGGGUGUAGCUAGUACCUUAUUUGUGGUAGAUGUUCCCCCACUUUAUAAUUGUUCCUUUUGUGCAUCUGAAGUGUAUGUAUUGUUGUGCCUGUGGAAUCAGGAGUUAAAAAAAUAAAUAAAAAAGUAUUUCGAACUCCAGUCAGUUUUGAAUAGUCCUACAUUUAUUUUGCUGUAGAUUGAUAGAUUUUCUAUGGUCUUCUCAUCUUUGUCGUUUUUGAAGAACUUGGUCCUGUCAGAAGGGCCUAUACGCAUCAGGCCCUCAAAUAAGAUAGAGCUGUCUUUUUUUUCUUUUGAAGUUAAUAUGAUUGCAAGUCUUUGUAUCAAGUGUAUUAUGAUCUGUAUUUCAAGAACCCCAUGUAUUUUAUUAGUGACAAGUGGUUAUAAGUAGUGCAGACAACAAUUUUAAGGAAAUGUGUUUUACACUACUUGUAUGCAGUAAACAGAAUUCUAGAUUGUAAAAAAUAUUUUGACAAGUGGAAAAAAGUUUAAUAAAGUUGUGUAGUAAAGUC